CAGCUCGGAACUGUGCUUGUGUGGAGCCUUUUGGAUGGGAGGGUGGAAUAAAAGGAGGAGGAGGAGGACGGUCCUGCUGUCAGAGCCAGAUGAAAACACAGCGGCAGGUUUCAGGAGGGCACCGCUGUUAGAUAAUCGCAUUUAUUGUCUGUGCAUCCGGUGGGGACAGGUGGAAAACAGGGAGAGAAAGCUGGAGCUGAGGAGAGUCUGCAAACUUCACGAUGCUGGAGCAGCGCUGCUGAAUCAGCUCCACCAUGGCUUCAGCUUCACCUGAAGAGGAGCAUCUUCAUCGUGAAGGAGGACGGAGCGGCUGCGCCCUGAAAGAUCACAGUGUCAUCUGCAAACAGGAUGAUUUUUGUGUCUGGAGACUCUUGUCUUACCCUCAUCUGUCCAUCACCACUGUAAACAAGAAGUGGUUCAGAAUUGAUCCGUGAUUUUCUUCAUCAGAGUUGAUCUUCCUCCCUGCGGAUCUUUCUCAUUAGCUGGACCAGCAGAAAGUUCUUCCUUCCCUGUCUCCAAUCUGUUGCCAGAAUGCCCAUCAUCAGCAAUGCCAACCAUGACUUCAACACGUACUCCAUCAGCAGUGAUGACAGCAGUCUCGACCACUUCUUCACUGAGAUUCCUGAGACUGAGACCCUAAAGGGGGUAUACUUCCAGCGUGCCAAGGUGCUGCGUGACCCCAAGGCCUCUUAUGUGGUCGACCACACCCUGCAGGUCCUCAUUAAUGUGGGAGGAAACCGCUACACUUUCCCUUGGAGCACGCUGGAGCAGUUUCCCCAGAGUCGACUGGGUCGUCUUCGCUUCUGCACCACCCAAGAGGAGAUCGCUCGACUCUGCGAUGACUAUGAUGAGACGUGCCAAGAGUACUUCUUUGACCGGAACCCCACAGCUUUCAGGAUCAUCCUGAACUUCCUGGCAGCAGGAAAACUACGUCUCCUUCGGGAGCUGUGUGCUGUCUCUCUGCACGAUGAGCUCGACUACUGGGGUGUGGACCCGGGUCACAUGGAGCGCUGCUGCCGGCGGCGGAUGAUCACCCGUGUGGAUGAGGUCGUGGAGCGCCAGCGGAAAGAAGAAGAGUGGAGGCAGAAGAGGAUUAAGCUGAAGAAAAGACUUCCACAGACGGAAAAGGGAUACCGCAGACUGGUGUCGAUGCUGAGGGAGGUGAUGGAAAACCCUCACUCAGGUUUAGCUGGGAAGAUGUUUGCCUGCCUCUCAAUCAUCAUGGUUCUGGUCACUGUCAUCAGCCUCUGUAUCAGCACCAUGCCGGACCUCAGGGACGAGGAGAACAGGGGCGAAUGCUCCCAGAAGUGUCGCAACAUGUUUGUUGUGGAGUCCGUCUGCGUGGCCUGGUUCACCAUGGAGUUCCUGCUGCGAUUCGUCAACGCUCCCAGUAAGCUGGCCUUCGCUCGCGGCCCGCUCAACAUCAUCGACGCCAUCGCGAUCCUGCCGUACUACGUGUCCCUGGUGUUUGACGUCGGAGAGGAGUCGCAGGAUGACGCGGUGAUGGGGGCCAGCAGAGGUUACCUGGACAAGCUGAGUCUGAUCCUGCGGCUGCUGCGGGCCUUGCGGAUCCUCUACGUGAUGCGGUUGGCACGCCACUCUUUGGGUCUGCAGACGUUGGGUGUGACCAUGCAGCGCAGCAUGAGGGAGUUCGGGCUGCUGCUGCUCUUCGUCUGCGUGGCCGUCACCCUCUUCUCACCUCUGGUCCACCUGGCCGAGAGCGAGCUGGCGCCGUUUGCCGCCACGCACCCCCACCACAGCUUCAGCAGUAUCCCGGCCUCCUACUGGUGGGCCAUCAUCUCCAUGACCACGGUGGGCUACGGCGACAUGGUGCCACGCAGCGUCCCCGGUCAGAUGGUGGCGCUCAUCAGCAUACUGAGCGGCAUCCUCAUCAUGGCAUUCCCAGCCACCUCCAUCUUCCACACAUUCUCACGCUCAUACCAGGAGCUGAAGCAGGAAUAUGAUGGGGUGUGGAAGCAGGAGCGACACGAGGAGAUGAGUGAUCUCUCAUCUGUGUCCAAAAAGGAAAGCGAUGGACUGAUGUCCAACGAGACGCAUCGAGCCACUCUUCCACCCUCUGCUUUCUGAUGCUGCUCAGAUAUGGAUCACAGGUUGGAACAGGGACAUUUUCAGCUGUCCAUCCCUUUAAACCUUUGAUCUGACUCCAAAACACUGCUGGAUGGUGUACAGCUGGGAUGUCCAACUCCAGUUCAGACCUGCAGGACCCUGCAGGUCUUGGAUGUGUCCUUACUCCAAAACACCUGAUUUAAAUGGAUGAAGAACCUCCUCAGCAGGUCAUUGAGUUCUGCAGAGGCCAGGUAGUCACUCAUCUUUUGAUUCAGGUGGGUUGAACCAGGGAAACAUCUGAGACAUGCAGGAUCCAAGCCUUUGAGGACUGACUUUGGACAACUCUGAUGUUAGGUUUCCAGUUCUGGAGUCUUCCUUUAAUAUCUUCAUUACAUUUAGUCUUGUUUGGUCCUGCAGCUCUAACCCUUUAAUAAGUGAAGAUCUAGAUCAGAAUCAGAAUCAGCAUUGUUGCCAAGUUUGUACAUACAAACAAGGAAUUUGACUCCGGUACACUUUGCUCUCGGAUCCACAUUUAGAGAAAAGCUGGAACAGUUAUACCUGCUAAUUCUCAUCAAGUAGGUCCAUCCGUUUAAAUCCUGGUGGUGUUUGUGGAGCAUGUUCUCUCGGUGCAUGCUUGGAUUCUCUCCAGGUGCUCCAACUUCCUCCCACCAUAUGAAAACAUGCAUGUCAGGUUCCAACAAACUUAACAUUUAAAUGGAAAGUUGUCUUUGUGUGAGUGCUUGGUUGUUUGUUCUGGGUGCCUCUCUGUGGCCUUUUCCACCAAACGUAGAACCAGUUCUUUGUGUUUCCACCAGAAUAAGGUCCAGAUCUGGCCCGACCCAGCACCAGUUUGCUGCUGGACCAGAGGAAAGAACUGCUUUCAUCAGGAGCUGGGGGCGGGCUCAUGGGGAAUGGCAGCCAAUCAAAAUGUCAGAUAAUAUGUUUAAAACUCUGAAGUUUGUUUUUAAUGAUUGGUCAAAUUUAAAACACAAAAACAGUAAAAACACCGAGCUUCAAUUAAGAUAAAAUGUUAGAUGAGCAUCAGAAUAACUUCCUGCUGUUUAUUUGAAUCACCAUCAAAGAGUUAAAAUGAGCCAAUGAGCCGCUAACAGCUGAAGGUCUUCACCUGAAUCCAUAAAGGUUUCAGACUCAGAUCUUUAACACCUCAAUAUCUCCAGGUGGUUUUAUUACAUCUGGCUCUAAAAGCUGAACUUGACUCCAGUUUUCCAGCUGCUGAUAUCAGAGGUCAGCUGAUCAGGACUAUGGAGCGUUCACAAGCACCACUGGUUGUUUAAAACCAGAUUCUCAGGUGGUGGAAAAGGAAUUCGGUUCUUUUACAGAACCAGUUCUGAAACCUCUGUGGGG